GUAUCUGUGCAGGUGUGUGAGAGUAAGUGUGGGGCCUCAUGCCUGUGUAAAUGAUGUGAACAGGUAAUCACUUGCAUUAGUGUUUCAACAAAUGUACCAGGCAUGGGAUUGCAUCAACACAGUAUAACGUGUGACCUUUUACUGAAUCUGUCUAGGCAGAUCGUAUGGCCAUGGGUCCCUCCUGUACCUGUGAGUGGGGCAGUAUCUGAGGAAGAUGGGUGCCCCUUGAAGGGGCGGUAGUGAGAGCUGGGUGGGUGUGUGCCCGCCGGUGCCUUUGUGUGCUUGCGUGUCUCCGAGUCUCUCUGUUGGCAGCUCUGAGUUUCUGUGUGUCUCUGUGUCUGUGUGUGUGUGUGUGUGUGUGUGUGUGUGUGUCUCCCUGGGUCUCUGCCUCAUCGUGUGUGUCUUGCUCUCCCUUGGCGGGGAGGGGAUUGGUCACGCAUGACUCAUCUUGAACCGAGCGGGGCUCCAGCGGCAGGGCGGCCGCAGUUGCAGCUGGAGAGGGAGGAGGACAAGGAGGAAGGAGAGGAGGAGGAAGACUACCAGGAGGGGGAGGAGGAGAAGAAGGAGGGGGCGGGGGCCUCUCCAAGUUUGUCGGGACCUUCUCCCGAGGCAGCGGCGGCGGCAACCAGGGAGGCCGGGGCUGCGCUUGGGCCGGGGGCGGGGGCUGGGGCCGGGCCCGGGGCGGCGGGGCCGGCGCCUCGGCUCUCCUCCUGCUCCUGCAGCAGCCUCUGCUCCCACUGCGGCCGUGGCCCCCUUCGACGCUACUCUCUGCGCUACGCGCCCGCUGAUCCCGCGGUUCCCCGGCCCAUGUACUGGAAGCAUGAGAACGCCGCCCCGGCGCUGCCCGAGGGCUGCAGGCUGCCGGCCGAGGGCGGCCCCGCCACCGACCAGGUGAUGGCCCAGCCAGGGUCCGGCUGCAAAGCGACCACCCGCUGUCUUGAAGGGACCGCGCCGCCCGCCAUGGCGCAGUCUGACGCCGAGGCCCUGGCAGGAGUCCUGGACAAGGACGAGGGUCGGGCCUCGCCAUGUACGCCCAGCACGCCAUCUGUCUGCUCGCCGCCCUCUGCCGCCUCCUCCGUGCCGUCUGCCGGCAAGAACAUCUGCUCCAGCUGCGGCCUCGAGAUCCUGGACCGGUAUCUGCUCAAGGUCAACAACCUCAUCUGGCACGUGCGGUGCCUCGAGUGCUCCGUGUGUCGCACGUCGCUGAGGCAGCAAAACAGCUGCUACAUCAAGAACAAGGAGAUCUUCUGCAAGAUGGACUACUUCAGCCGAUUCGGGACCAAGUGUGCCCGCUGUGGCCGACAGAUCUACGCCAGCGACUGGGUGCGGAGAGCUCGCGGCAACGCCUACCACCUGGCCUGCUUCGCCUGCUUCUCCUGUAAGCGCCAGCUGUCGACUGGUGAGGAGUUUGGCCUGGUGGAGGAGAAGGUGCUCUGCCGAAUCCACUACGACACAAUGAUCGAGAACCUCAAGAGGGCCGCCGAGAACGGGAACGGCCUCACGUUGGAGGGGGCAGUGCCCUCGGAACAGGACAGUCAGCCCAAGCCGGCCAAGCGCGCGCGGACGUCCUUCACCGCUGAACAGCUGCAGGUUAUGCAGGCGCAGUUCGCGCAGGACAACAACCCCGACGCUCAGACGCUGCAGAAGCUGGCGGACAUGACGGGCCUCAGCCGGAGAGUCAUCCAGGUGUGGUUUCAAAACUGCCGGGCGCGUCAUAAAAAGCACACGCCGCAGCACCCAGUGCCGCCCUCGGGGGCGCCCCCGUCCCGCCUUCCCUCCGCCCUGUCCGACGACAUCCACUACACCCCGUUCAGCAGCCCCGAGCGGGCGCGCAUGGUUACCCUGCACGGCUACAUCGAGAAUGGAGUCUUGCUCUGUCAUCCAGGCUGGAGUGUAGUGAUCUUGGCUCACUGCAACCUCUGUUUCGUGGGUUCAAGUGAUUCUCCUGUCUAGCCUCCUGAGUAGCUGCGAUUACAGGCGCCUACACUGUGCCUGGCUAAUUUUGUAUUUUUCGUAGAGACAGGUCUCUACCAACAUGGUGGCCAAGCUGGUCUUAAACUCUUGACCUCUAUCUCUCCAGCCCACACUGGGUCCCUCUGCCUUGAAUGUCCAGCUGAGACCCACUCCUCCAUACUCAUCAAAGCCCAGUCUGCCCAUCACAGCUGGAGUGAGGCCUCCUUGACACCUUCCCCAUUCCCCAACACAUAAGCCUUCUCAGUUGCUCCAUCUGGGGCACCCCGUACCCCUGCGUCUUUCCAGUCUUUGCCCAUGUGGCUCCUUCCCUUCCAUGUAGCAGAAUCCAAUCAUCAUCCUUUUAGACCUAGCCAAACUCCACCUUUUCCAGGACACCAUCUGGACUGCUUGGGACACACUGAUGCUCUUUUCUGUGUGUGUGGCACACAGUGAAUGUAGCUCCUGACACCACUGAAACAGGGACACUCCCAGUUUUCUGGAAAGAAGCUCAUAUUUAAUAUUUAAAGUUAAACAUCAUAGGAAAUAUAGAAUUGUGUUGGACUGCUUCCUAUGCUUUUUUAUGGUUUAUGUUAUUUUGAUUUCUAAACUGUAUUUUGAGGGGUGGGAGUUUCCUUAUGGUCUUUUCAACAUGAGGUUCCCUAAAGGACCCAGGCCUCUGUCCAGAGAACACCUACCCCAGUCCUGUGACUGUCUAUUUUUAUAUAUGUUCCCUCUAGCCCUGUACUGGUCUUGGUGGGGGCCAGGCACAGGGUCUGAUCCCCAUGUGAAACCCUGGUGGAUGCAGGGCCUCAACAAAGGCCUGUGUCUAGGGGGAGAUUUGGAGGCUUAAGGCUCUAGGUGCAUAAGAAAUGAUGAAGAUGAUGGGGACAUAUCCAUAACAGAAUGCCCAGGGCUGGGUAGACAGAUCAGAAAAUCACAGGCCUCUAGUCCAGUCUUGAAACUAGAAUCAAAAGCAGAUGGGAGGAGGCCAGAGUGCAGUUUGCCAUGGUAACACUGGCUCCUCCCUUUGGGAUGUGAAGUUAAGGAGGCCCCUGCUUUCCACCUUUUCACCCUGGGUGUAAAAGGAUCACAACUGUGAUUGCCAACAUGCACCAAGGCCUUCACUUGGGCCAGCUGCUGUUCUUGUCGGAGAUGACACCAUCUCACUUCAUGCAUGUCAUCUCACUUCAGGCCACAAUCCUGGAAGGGAGGUCUAUUUCUGUCCCCAUUUUUCAGAUGAAGAAACUAAAGCUCAGAGACAUUAAGGGCCUAGCUCAAGGUCACUCAGCUGGUGAGUGGCAGAACUGGGAUCUGCUUGCAGAUCUGGCUGGCUCUAAGUCCCUGCCUGUAGCCCUGUCUGCCUUCCUGGACCUGAGGGGUUUCAGUCAACAGCCCUGAGUUCCAGAGCCUGAGCUGAGGAAGAGAGUAGGUUCCUGCCCCAUGGGCUCUGGCUUUCCACUCACUUCUAUUAAAGGAGACAAAACAAAGCAUUAUAGUGCUGGCUCAGGUUGACUCCAGCCGCGGAAGGGGAAGCUGUGUCCUUCAGAUGCCUCCAGGAGGCUACCAUGGGGGUUGGGGGGCAGGGGAGGUAUUGUUACCGGAAUCCAAUGGGCACCAUGGCUGGAAGGGGAAUUUCCAGGGCCUUUGGAAUUGGGGUGGGGAGAGAGGAUGGCAAUGGGCAAUUCCUGCAGUCCAGGGAGAGGUGGCAAGCUGGGCAGGCUGUUAUUCCUAGAGCAAAGGUCUUGACAGGGCUCUAUGGAUGGCUUCCAAGUGACCAAUCCCUCCCUCUGUAGGCAAAAUUCUGUUUGUGAAUUCCAGUGUAUUUCUCUGGGGAGAAGUCCAUAGCUGGGCCUAGAUUCUCAGAAAGGUUCAUGGUUCAGGAAAGGCCACAGCAUAUCUCGUCAGUUCAGAGCAUGGCCUCCAGUGUCAGAGGGACCUGGGUUCAUAUCCUGGUUCCUCCCUUUACUACCUGCUUGAUCAUCAGUAAAUAACUUACCCCCGAGCCUCAGUUUCCCUAUCUGCCAAAUGCGAAUAAGGGUCUAUUCCUCAAAGAACUGGGAUGUGGUAAGUUCCUGGCAGCGUGGAGGCAUCCAAUACUCAUAACUUUCCUUCCUACCCCUUUUGCUUACAGCAAAUGCCCGUCUGCUGGCAGGGAUGUGUGAUUGGUGCGGGCAUUUCAUUUGGCAGUUACAGCAUAUUAUCCCUCCACAAAGCCUUCAUUACAGUGCUGCUAACAACACUGCAGAUAAAGCAUGGAUGUCCCUGUGUGCCAGCCUCCAGGUGAUUAUAACAUUUCGGUAAAUUGCCUUUUGUCUCGCUGGAGGGAUGACAGCAGGAGGGGACUGUGGGGGAGUCUCACUCGGCCAUUUUGCAAAAACCACAAGGGAGGCACUGUGGCAAGGUAGCCUGGGUUUGCAGAAGGAUUUCCGGCCAGCAGUGAGAAACCAGGGUGCCGGCCCUGGCUCUACCACAGGCAGACUAUAUGGGGUUGGACACGUGAUUUGCCCUCUCUGGGUCUCAGAUUUCUCAUCUGUCAGGCAAAGCCCGUGGCUUCAAGACCAAGGGAGUCUUGGUUUGUCAGUGACAUUGAAAGACGUUUAUUGGCCAAUUUUUGAGGAAGAAAGUGGGCAGAGAACUCUCUUGGGAAUAGUCAUCUGCAACCUUACACUCUUUGGAUAUGUACUUUUUAUAUCUCUAUAAAAUAUAGGGCUGCUAGGAAGGCUCUCGGUUGUUUCUUUCUUUCACUCGUACACUCCAAUUUCUCAUUCAAAGUCAACUCUAACAUUAUCUUUAGCUUUGGAGUCAACUGGACCUGGCUUCCAAUUCCAGCUCUGCCAUUUGCUAUCAGUUUGACUUUGGGCAGGCAUUUCACCUUGCCUCAGUUUCAUCAUCUGUAAAGUGGGAAUAACAAGGAUAACUACUUUGUGGGGCUACUGUGGAGAUUAAAUAAAAUAAAAUACAUGUAAAGUGCUUAGACCAGUGCCUGGAACACAGUAAGCAGUUGGCAAAUGCUGGCUAUUAUUAUUAGCCUGCUUUAUCACCUGAAACAGUAUAUGGAUACCUUUAUGUAUGAAUAGAUCUAUUUCUUUGCUGCCAUUUUUAAUGAUUGCAUUGUAUUCUAUAGUAAGAAUAAAGUAUAUGUUAUUUAACCA